AUGGCAAUGCUGGCCAGAGUUGCAUUUGGUUCUGCAAUUGCAGCCAAGAUGUCACUCCUCAUGCUUCCUACUGAAAGGCAUUAUCCAGCAAAGGCUGCGUAUAGGGGAGGGAGCAUUAUGAGUACAAUAAUAGCAAAGUUCACGACAUUUGACUUGUUGGAACGAGCGAAACAGUCACCAUUCAAGCAAUUCUUCUUAGCUCCGCCUCUACAAUAUUCUGGAGUUAUUAUUCACCAGUUACUGCUUAGGAGAGUUGUUGGUAGAGGAAAGAACGAAUACUGCUUGAAUUUUAAUAUUUGUGGUCAAAAUACAAGGUUUGGAAUUAGUGAAUUUGGUUUGAUCACUGGAUUGAAUUGUGGAAUUUCUCCGGAUCAGGCAAAGUAUAAAGAAAUGACCAAGAGUAAAAGACUUCUCCAGACAUACUUGAACAAUAAAGAAUGUUUGUCUUCUGAAGAGUUGGAAGAUGGAUUCAAAAGGUGCGAUGUGAAAGAAGACGUAUGGAAAUUAGGUCUAUGUUUUUUGGUAGACUCUCUUUUAUUACCUAGUGAACCAAAGAUGAAAUGCUUUAUUGAUGUCCUUUCCAUGGUGGAAAAUGAAGAUGACUUCUUCAACUAUCCUUGGGGGAGAUUAUCGUACGAGAAGACAUUAAUCGGCUUGGCAAAAGAUAUGGAAAGGCUAAGGAAUAAAUACUUGAAGAAUGUUGAGCAAAAGAGAAAAAGACCAGCACCUCAGUACACAAUUUAUGGUUAUGCCAUUGCUCUGCAAUAUUGGGCCUAUGAAAUUUUCACAAAGUUCUCUGCAUUUGCUGAUCAACAACCCCUGGCCUUUCCAAGAAUGCUUAGCUGGUCAGCGCAUAAAAUGCUAAAAGAGAAAGAUAUUGAAGGUGUAUUUAAGAAAAAAAGUAAUCUUGUGAAGGCCACGCUCAAUCCAAGACCCGAAGAGAAAGAAUUUCAUGACUCUAUUAUUCAAGGACCAGAUGAACUACUCAUGGGACGUGUUAUUAGCUUUGUAGACGAUGAUGUGGAAUUGGAGUUUGAAAGGGAAGAACGUGAGGAAUCUCCCACAAAGCCCGAUGUAGCAGAUGGGCAUCGUCACGAGCAAGACAAGAAAGAGAUACCAACUCCAAUUAACACCCACCAUGAAAAGUUGUUAGCUGAUAUUGACACUUUGAAAAGUAACCAACAAAGAAUGGAGGAGAAGUUGGAUUAUCUAAUUGAAUUAGUGCUCUCGCAACGUAAAGGUAGUGAUUCUGAGGAUUCAUUAUCAGAUGAGCAUCUUGCUUCACCACACCGUACAUUUAUUAUGGAGCACGUUGUUGGAGAAGAUAGCCCUAGCUGUAAGGUGGUAUCUCCUGAAGAUAUGGCUGGGGUGGAAUUCAAGAGAAGGAGGGUUCCAACGAAAAGAAUUUUUGGUUCCGAGUUUACUGAUCCAACUAAGAAGAAAAAGAAAGCAAAGACAAUUGUAACUGAUCCUUGUGAAAUUAAUCCCCUACAGCCAUAUGACGAAAAGAAAAUGAGACGUUUUAAGAAAUGGGUAAUUGGUUUAAAAAAGAAUGAUAAGCCUAUUUCUCUCUUGGCUGGUUCGUGCACUGCGAAAUGGUUUAUUCAGCUACUUACACCACGUACAUGGCUGGACGGACUGCACAUUGAUGCAGCUUUAGGGUUGAUGAAAGAACGAGUGUACACUUACAAGAAGACUUACUCCGAAAGAUUCACCAUCGUGGAUUCUAUGUUCCAACAGUUCUUCGAACCACAUUGGGAACAAUUCAACAAGAAGAAAAUCAAAUCAAGCUACAUUUGGCCACAAGAAGUGCUUGAUUACUUGGUAGGUGAUGAUAACAAUUUCAAAAGGAGUUGGAAAGACAUUGACGAAGUGUUUACCCCAAUUAAUUUUUCUGGGACACAUUGGGUGUUGUUAGAGAUAUCAUUGACAAGCUGUCUUAUAAAAGCUUAUGACUCUGAUAUCACUGUGGUCUCCAACAAGGAGUUUGAGAAUAAAAUGUGCAGAUGGGGAAAAAUGCUACCAUUUCUAAUUCAAUCCAGUGGGCUGUUAAGCCAUAGGAAAGAUGUCCAACUACAAGCACAGAAAGUGAGUUUUGAGUUCACAAGACUUGGCACAGAAAAAGUGCCACAGACCAAAACUAGUGGCGAUUGUGGGGUAUAUGUCAUCAAACAUCUGGAGUACUUGCUAGCCAAAAAACCGCUAUCCGAAGUGAAUGACGACAACAUGGAUUUCUUUAGAAAAAAGACUUGUGUAGAUUUGUUUUACCAUAACUUACAACCAUAG